ACUUGUGUAGAAGAGAGAUAACGUGGGACAGACAGUCAGUCAGAGACAGCCUGACCUGGUGUGAGAAUGCCCACGUGUGCCACCAAUAUGAGGCUGAAAUUUCCCAUCGUGGCCUUGGUUCUGGAGAUUAUCACCAUAAUUCUGUUUGCUUUCUUUGUCGUCUACGAUGACGGAAAGGGACAUGGACAUGGACACUCAAAUGAGACUCAUCCUGAAGAGAAUCCUAUGACCCUUUACCCCAUGUUCCAGGAUGUUCACGUAAUGAUCUUCAUUGGCUUUGGCUUCCUGAUGACCUUCCUGAAGAGAUAUGGCUUCAGCAGCGUUGGGGUCAACUUACUCCUCGCUGCCUUCGGCCUGCAGUGGGGCCUCUUCAUGCAGGGCAUUUGGCACCUGGACGACGGCAAAGUCAAAGUCAACAUAUUCAAGAUAAUCAACGCAGACUUCAGCACUGCAACAGUCCUGAUUUCUUUUGGAGCAGUUCUGGGUAAAACCAGCCCUGUGCAGCUCCUCAUCAUGACCAUACUAGAGAUCACCAUCUUUUCCAUUAAUGAGCAUUUGGUGGCCAACGUGUUAAAUGCUCAUGAUGUUGGAGCGUCCAUGAUCAUUCAUGCGUAUGGAGCCUACUUUGGCCUGGCCGUUUCUCGAGUGUUAUACCGACCAGCUUUAAGAAAUGGCGACAAGAACGAGGGAUCUGUUUAUCAUUCCGAUAUGUUUGCUAUGAUUGGAACAGUCUUCCUGUGGAUGUUCUGGCCCAGUUUUAACUCGGCCAUCGCUGACCCGGGCCUCACUCAGCUCACAGCGGUGAUCAACACCUAUCUGUCCCUGGCUGCCUGCGUGCUCUCGGCUUAUGCCAUCUCCAGCUUGGUGGAGCACAAAGGAAAACUGGACAUGGUUCAUGUUCAGAAUGCUACUCUGGCUGGAGGCGUUGCCAUGGGAACCUGUGCUGACAUGGACAUCGGCCCAUAUGGGGCGAUGUUGAUUGGAUUAUUGGCGGGCAUCAUCUCAACCCUUGGAUUCAAAUACUUAAAUCCCAUCCUGGCUUCCAGCCUGGGUAUCCAUGAUACCUGUGGAGUCCACAAUCUACAUGGCAUGCCAGGCAUCCUGGGAGGAUUGGCAGGCAUUGUAGCUGUGGCUUUAGGCAAAAAGAAUGGUCAGGCAGCCAUGCAGGCUGCUGCUCUGGCUUCAUCACUUGGUUUCGCUUUGGUUGGAGGUGCCAUCACAGGGCUUAUAAUGAAGUUGCCAUUCUUUGGACAGCCUCCAGACCAGAACUGCUUUGACGAUUCCAUUUAUUGGGAGGUUCCUGAAGAUGAAAGUGAGAAUGAGGGGAACUUGGCUCACCUCGAUCACUCGACAAACAAAGCUGAGGCUUAAACGUCUGCCCACAUUUACAAGAACAAAGUUGUGAAACCUGACAUUGAGCAAAAAUGUCAGUUUGUCAGCUGUGCUUGUUUUUGGAAAACAAGUGGCUUUACUGCUUUCGUAAAUACAAAAAAGGAGUGUUUCGUCAAUUUUAUGUGAAAAUCUUUUCAUAGAUAUCCACCAUAUCACACAGGAGUAACACAAUCCUUAAAACUGAUUUAAAUUUAAAAAAAAAACUGAAAUGUGUGAGCAGUAAUUUACAGCAGUCAGCUGGAAAGCCAGUAGGCAUUGUCGCUGUUUUAACUUUUAUUAAGUAUUUUCUCUGAGACUCUUGUAUUAUAAAAGCAUGUUUUUGUAUAUUAUUACAGCAUAUUGUAUAUUUUCCUUUAUGCAUUUCUCAAAUACAUGGGCUUAUGUGUACUGCAGGGA